UUUUUUUUUUUUUUUAGUAAAGGUGUUUUUUCUUUAGACAAAGCUUCGUCUCUGUAUAUUUUCGUUGUUUUCUGAGGAGGAACCUUGACCGGAUUGUAAGCUCGGAGGAUUAAAGAAAUAGCAUGAUUCUUUGUGUACCCGGUCCCAGAGCUCUUCUGCCCGCUGCUCCAUCCACUGAAGCCCCGCGGGGCAUGCGGGCAGGAACAGUACCUCCUACCCCCUGCCUACAAAGCUCCCCUCCACUAUGGGACCCAACAAAGGAUCUCCGGGCAAUUGCCAGCAACUUCUGCUAUCUAGAAAACUCAGGAUGGUACUGGGGAGCUGUAACUGCAGCUCAGGCCCACGCUGCACUUCAAGAGGCAUCUGAAGGGGCCUUUCUGGUACGAGACAGCAGCCACCCUCUGUACAUGCUGACCCUCUCGGUCAGGACGGCACGAGGUCCCACAAGCAUACGGAUCCAGUACAGCGGUGCCCAGUUUCUGCUGGACUCCAGCUCCCCGGCCCGGCCCAGCCUGUCGUCCUUCCCCAACGUGCCCAGUCUGGUGCAGCACUACAUGGGACCAGAGAGGAAGGCAGAGGAGGGGAAGGUGGAGCAGGAGGUUCCUUCCAAACCCUCCCAGCAGACUGUCCAGGAGACGUCCGUGGUGCUAAAACUGAAGCGGGCCGUCUACAAGCCCCAGAACCUCCCGUCUCUGCAGCACCUCACGCGCCUCGUCAUCAACAGACACACUGACUGCCCUGACCAGCUACCACUCCCGAGGCCUCUGCUGCGUUACCUGCAGGACUAUCCCUUCAAAGUAUGAGUCCAUUAUUACGGCUGAAUGUCAGCUUACCUAAAGGAAGAAGUAAACUGUCGACAGGCGCUUUGUGCCUGUAAAGAACAGAACUGCUCCAGCAGUCGGAGGCCAGUCACAGAAAUAGUGGACACAGGGUCAAGUUGUUGCUGACAAAAUAUGUACAAAUUCAGUUCAUGCUGAUGUGUCUGGUUUCAGACUUAAUUUGUGAAGGACUGUGCGGCCAAGCACCCGACAAAAGACGACUCGCGAGACAAACGCAGUACUGUAAUCCACUCUUAUUUUAUGAUGGAUGUGGAAAUUGUCCAUAUCUGUUUUGCUCUCAUCAGUUCUGGAUGUACAUACUGUUCUUAAGAAGUACAGUGAUUCCAUUGAGACAUCUUUUACGCCAUUUCAUUUUUCUCAGUAAAGCAUUUUUUGUACCUUUUACAUGUUGUGUACAUGUUUCUAUUAAAAAACCCUCAACUGGAA